AUGGCUCCAGAUGUAGGAAGACAUGUAGGAAAUAAGGACUUUACCCGCUCGACUGUGGUCAUCAUCGGAGCGGGCAUCUCCGGAUUGGCCACGGCCAUCGACCUCAUCAGACGAAGCAAGUGCCACAAUUUCAUCAUCCUGGAGAAGAGUAGCGGGGUCGGAGGCACAUGGAACGACAACCGCUAUCCCGGAUCGUGCUGCGACGUCUGGAGUUCCCUGUACAGUUACUCGUUUGAACAGAAGCCCGAUUGGACCAGGGAAUAUCCAGGCCAAGAGGAGAUAUUGGGUUAUCUGAUCGGUGUAGCUCAAAAGUACGGCCUGUACAAGCACAUCCGGUUCAACUCGGCUGUUGAGGAGGCACGAUGGGACGACUCGGACCUCAAAUGGAAGGUCAGAGUCCAGGUCUCCGGAGGAAAAGACAGCCAGUACCUCGAGUCCUACGAAAUCACCACCGACUUUCUCGUCUCGGCUGUCGGACAGCUGAACGUCCCCCGCAUGCCCGACAUCCCCGGGCUGGAAGACUACCAGGGCAAACUGAUGCAUUCCGCCCGGUGGGACUGGAGCUACGACUGGACAGCGAAGAGAAUCGCCGUCAUUGGAAAUGGCGCAACCGCCGCCCAGAUCAUCCCUGAAAUUGCCAAAACCGCCUCGCACGUCUCCGUCUACCAGCGCACCCCCAACUGGGUCAUCCCGCGCCUAGAUAAACCCGUCGGUGCUGUGCAAAGAGCUCUGCUGACAUAUAUCCCGCCCAUCCGGUGGCGCAAACGAGCGCUCAUGAUGGAUUUCCGGGAAUGGUUCCACGAUGCCGUCACGGAUGGUGACUCGGCGCUCGCGAAUGUGAUCCGCAAGUCGUGUCUCGAUGCCAUGCGGGCGCAGUUGCCCGAUAGGCCGGAUUUGUGGGAGGUGUUGACGCCGACGUACUCUCCGGGAUGUAAACGGGUGAUUAUCUCGGAUGAUUACUAUCCUGCGUUGAGCAAGGAGCAUGUGGAUCUGGAGACUCGUCCCAUCAAGCGGAUUACGGAAACGGGGAUCGAGACCGCUGACGGCGAGACGAAGGAGUUUGACCUCAUUGUUGUGGCGACGGGGUUCAGAACGGUCGAGUUCAUGUAUCCCAUCCAGAUCAAGGGCGCGAAUGGUCGUUCUCUAUCGGAUAUCUGGAAGGAGGGGGCAACGGCGUACUAUGGUGUGACGGUGGAGGAUUUGCCUAAUUUCGCCAUGUUAUAUGGGCCAAACACUAAUCUCGGGCAUAACUCGAUUAUCUUGAUGAUCGAAGCUCAAUCAAGGUACAUCAGCACACUAGUGAGCCAGAUGCUCCAGGCGCAGAGGGACGGUCAGAGGCUGGCACUGCGUCCUAAGCCUGAAGCUGUGAAGAAGUUCAACGAGCAUAUCCAGGCAGCCCUGAAAGAAAGCAGUUUUGCCGACCCCCACUGCAGUAGCUGGUACAAGACCGAGGAUGGACGCAUCACCAAUAACUGGCACAGUACGGUCAUCGACUACCAGAACGAACUAUCCAGCGUCCGGUGGGACGACUAUAUUGCCGAAGGAACUGGCAAGUCUUUGAUUGGGAAGAAGAAAGAAACGUAUAUUGGACGGGUGAGAGAGGAGACGUUGAUCAGCAACACCUCGCUUCUCUGGGGGGCGGCCAGUGUUGCGGUGGCAUUGGGAGGAUACUAUCUCAAGGGGAGUGCUUUGUUGAGAGGAAGCCGAGUGAGAUGA